AUGACGGAUAAACUCCCUCCAAACCUCCUCGCGCUCUUCGCGCCGCGUCCUCCACUCCGUUACCUUCAGCCCAUCAGCAGAGCGCCCGACGAUGUGAAGCCAAGUACAAUAUCUGGUGUUGCGGGUUAUCUCGAUGAGCUGAAGAAGUAUGGAGAGGAGGUCCCUUAUAAUGCGACGGAGAGUUGGCUCCAGCGCAAGGAUAGGCUGAAGAUGGAGAAACGGGAGCAGACUACGAAACGUCUGGAGGAAGGUCUUGCAGCAUAUAACCCUUCUGAAGAUCCACAGAUUCGUGGUGACCCUUUUAGAACGUUAUUUGUCUCAAGACUGAGCUACGACGUCAAGGAAGCAGAUCUAGAACGGGAGUUUGGCCGGGUACUGAAUCCUGAACAAUCCUUCUCCACCCCCUUUCCUAUCCCCUACUCAACAUAUAAAUACAGCUAUGACAAGGUAAUCAAGUACAUGACUAAUGCCAUUGAUCGCUCUUGCGUCACAACUACAGCGGCCUACAAGGAAACAGAUGGCAUUCGCAUCAAAGACCGACGUGCUCUUGUGGACGUCGAGCGUGGACGUACGGUCAAGGGAUGGAAACCACGUCGAUUCGGCGGCGGGCUAGGUGGCCGUGGAUAUACCAAAGCGAUGCCCUCAAGACCCAUGGGCCCAGGCGGGUAUGGCCCCCCAUCUGGCCCCGGUGGCUUCCAAGGCGGUUUCCGAGGACCCAGGGGAGGCUUUCGAGGUGGAUUUAGAGGAGGUGAUCGGCCCUUUGGUGGCCGUGGAGGAGUUGGCUUCCAGGGUGGGCGUAGUGGAUUUGGAGGGUCGGCCAACGGUGCAUCGGGCCAGGCUCCUCCCAACGCUCCCUUGGGCCCUGGUGGAAGCCGGGGUGGUGGUGGGUAUGGUCAGCAAAACGGUGAUGGCUACGGAGACAGACGCUUUGAUGAUAGAAGCCGAGGUGGCUCCAGGUACGACAGAUCCGGUGAUCGUGGUGUAACUGGCAGCAACCGAGAACCCGUCAGGCCCAGAGGAUAUGGAGAUCGUGAUAGAGACAGGGACAGGGACAGAGAUCGUGAUCGUGAUAGAGACCGAGACAGGGGUGGUCGGAGCGAUCGUGACCGUGAUAGGCCGCGAGACCGUGAUCGUGACAGAGACAGAUACAGUCGGCGUGAUGAUGAUCCUCCGAGAAAGAGACACCAUGAGGGGGACGCAUACGAUGAUCCUAGGACGAAACGAAGAUACUGA